GAGGCUUUGAAAGUCAGCCUCGCAGACAUUGCAGCAGAGCCCCGAACUAGCGAGAGGGCUGGCCCGGAGGGGACCGGGAGGCGGAGGUUACGAGUAGGCGGCGGCGGCGGCGGCCGGAGCAGCUUCCUCCCUCCCCAGCUUUGUGUGUCGGGGGAAAGCGAGGCCGGCCGGAAGCGGGCACAGCUGCGGCUGCUCCCACAACUUGCCUCUAGGAGCGGGGUCGGCGGUCCCUGAGCCUUUCCGCUCGCCUUUCCCGGGCCACAAACGUGCAGGGGAUAUUUCCACGGAACCGUCACCGCCCAAAUGGUGUGGGUUGUUUUUGUUUGCUUCUCUUCCAUCUCCACAGUUUAAAAUGCUGUCGGGCUUUUUUAUUUUUUUUUAAUCUCCUGAGCGGAAGAACCUGAGGGAUUGUUGAGGCGACGGGAAGAAAGGGUGGGGGGGGGGGGGAGGAGGAGCAGGGGUGCCGCCGGGGCUACGUCUGAAUUGGUGUUUAAGUGACACGGCCGAGCGGGCACGGACCGGGCCAAGUGCCCCCGGGCCCCGGGGCUCUUGGAGCAGCGGCGAGCCCACCUCCGGCACGGGCUCGGACUGCGCCUCUGGAACGGGAGCGGGAGUCGGCGGCCCGAGACCCUGGCUGGGGAACUGUUGGGAUUGGAAAGAUUGACCCACAGAUGUGUUUACCUGUUGCCUGUAACUCUAAUUGAUACAUGGUUUUCAGCAUCCAUUCUUUCAGCUACUGGGAGAAAAUCAGAAGGCUUUUAGAAAAUUGUGAGCACUUAGAAGAAAGAAUACCUUGCCAGCAAGAACCCUGAGACGUGAUGAGGGAACAACAAUAUCUGCUUACUGAAUGAAGAUUUCAACUUCUUGCUACUGUGGACCCAUUUAUUAAGGAAUCUGUCUGCCUUUCCUUACUUAAAGUUUUCUCACCUUCAUAGACUGGGUCAUCUUGAAGUUUUCCUGAUUCCUUCUUUCAUAGAAGAAUUUAUGAAGGAUUUCUGGUCAGAAUGUAACAGUUGAUCAAUGUCUGAUUGCUAAGCAAGACAAAAGACUAUUAUUCCCUUUCUAAAGUUAUAUCUUAUUCACCUCUAAAAACAGUGUUUAACGUAAGUAGAAACCAAGUCCUUCUUGAAUACUUUUAUUGAACAUGACUCAUGGAGAAGAGCUUGGCUCUGAUAUGCACCAGGAUCCUAUUGUUUUAACUUACCUAGAAGGAUUACUAAUGCAUCAGGCAGCAGCAAGGUCAGCUACUGUAGUUGACAAAAAGUCUACUGGGCAUAGCGGAGAGGAUCAAAACUUCAAGAUUUCUGGAAAUAUAUUUCCCACCUGUCAAAAUAAUGGUCCAACUCUCAAUACAAAUACUUAUCAGGGAUCUGGCAUGCUGCAUCUCAAAAAAGCAAGAUUAUUACAGUCUUCUGAGGACUGGAAUGCAGCAAAGAGAAGGCGGUUGUCUGAUUCAAUUGUGGAUUUAAAUGUAAAACAGGAGGCUUUGCUAGCUGGCAUGGUUGAAAAUGUGCCUAAAGGCAAACAGGAUAGCACAUUACUUGCCUCUUUGCUUCAAUCCUUCAGCUCUAGGCUGCAAAGUGUUGCUCUGUCACAACAGAUUAGGCAGAGCCUCAAGGAGCAAGGAUAUUCCCUUAGCCAUGAUUCUUUAAAAGUGGAGAAAGAUUUAAGGUGCUAUGGUGUUGCAUCAAGUCACUUAAAAACUCUUUUGAAGAAAAGUAAAUGUAAAGAUCAAAAGCCUGAUGCUAAUCUAUCUGAUGUAACUAAAAAUCUAAUCAAAGAUGGAUUUAUAGAGUUACCCCACACUGGACAGAGCGGAGCAAAGGUAAUUAAUGAACCCUUGUCAUGUGCUGCGAGACUCCAGGCUGUUGCAAGCAUGGUAGAAAAAAGGUCUAGUCCUGCUACUUCACCUAAGCCUAGUGUUGCUUGUAGCCAGUUAGCAUUACUCCUUUCCAGUGAAGCGCAUUUGCAGCAGUAUUCUCGGGAACAUGCUUUAAAAGCACAGAAUGCAAAUCAGGUGGCAAGUGAAAGGCUUGCUGCUAUGGCUAGACUACAAGAAAGUGGCCAGAAGGACCCUGUUCAUUUUCCAUUGUCAAAAGGAUUGUCGAGCCAUCUUAAUGGUCAAGCAAGAUCAUCAUCAAAUAAGCCAGUAGCUGACAAAAACAUUACAGCUUUCCAAAGUCCAAUGGGAAUCCUUCCUUCUCCUCCCAGAAAUGCAGAAUAUAAGAGCAUACUGGAGAGAAACAAUUUAAAACCAGCUGCCAAUAAUAGUUUGCUUUUACAUCUUCUUAAAAGCCAGAAUAUCGCUAAACCAACUAGUGGCCAUGAUCAGAAGGAGAGAGUUAGCAUUUUUGAGGAUAGCAGCACACCCACAACUAUUGAUGAAUAUUCAGACAACAACCCUAGUUUUACAGAAGAUGACAGCAGUGGUGAUGAAAGUUCUCACUCUAACUGUGUCCCCAUAGAUUUAUCUUUCAAACAUCGAAUUGAAAAACCGGAGUCUAGCCAGCCUGCCUCUCUAGAUAAUCUUACUCAAUCCUUGCUAAACACCUGGGACCCAAAAGUUCCAGGUCUCAGUAUCAAAGAAGACAGGGACACCUCCAAAAAUUCUAAAUUGAAUCCUCACCAAAAAGUAACGCUUCUUCAGCUGUUACUUGGACAUAAGAAUGAAGAAAACCUAGAAAAAACAACUGGUUCUCAGGGAUCACAUAGUAAUGUGACAAAAGUCAGUGCACAAAAUAGUAAGAGGACUCCUGUAAUAGAAAGCCCCAGCAUGAAUCGAGCUACUCCAGUGAGCACUCCACCAUUGCUUGCAUCUGCAAAAGCAGAUUCACCUAUAAAUCUUUCUCAACAGUCUCUGGUCAAACACAGUUCACCCCAGUAUGUUUGUAACGUUCAACCCAAAAGACUGAUGAAUCCAGCAUCUAAACACUUGAUAGACCUUACCAAAAGUAAAGAACUGCAAGGAACAAAUAAACCAAACCAAAGUGACAGUGCACAAAAUUCUACAACUUUCAGUGCCAGCAAACUGUUACAGAAUUUAGCGCAAUGUGGAUUGCAGUCUUCUGUGUCAAUGGAAGAUCAGAGAGCAAGCAAACAUCUGUUAAAUGUAAACAUAGAUAAACCUGUAGGUUUGAUUGAUAGACUAAGUAGUCCUCUACUCACAAAUAAACCAAAUAUACUUGAAGAAAAUAAUAAAGCAUUCAGUAGUCAGUCAACAGUCCCUGAACCAGGACUGUCUGGUUCUGAAAUAGAAAAUUUGCUUGAAAGACGGACAGUUCUGCAAUUACUACUGGGAAACCCAAACAAAAGUAAAAAUGAAAAGAAGGAACGAGUUUCUUUGAGAGAUGAAAGUUCCCAAGACCAUACAGAUAAAGCUUUAAGUGAGCAAAUAUUAACAGUAAAAAUAAAAUCUGAACCUUGUGACGAUUCACAUAUCUUCCAUAAUGUGAAUGAACAUCAGAGCCAAGAUACGAUAACUAAUAAAUUCAUAAGUGUGGUUCCUACUCUGCAGAGAAGUGCAGCUGCUUCACCAGCAUCUGAGGACUUCAAAUCAGAGCCUCUUUCACCUCAGGACUUUUCUUUUUCUAAGAAUGGCCUGUUAAGUCGAUUAUUGCGACAGAAUCAAGAGGUUUACCCUGCAGAUGAUCUGGACAGAAGUCACAGGAACAGUGAACUGACUCUUUUAGAGUCAAAGAGUCUUUACACAGUUCCUAAGAAAAGGAAACUUCAUAUUGAGCCUUCAGAAAGUCCAUUUAAAAAAAAGAUGAAAAGUCAUAUUUCUGAUGGUGCAAAUACUCAUAGUCCUUCUAUAGAAUUGUAUGGGCCUUUGCUUAACAAACAAGAAAUGAAAUGUAACAGAAAUGAUCUUGAAUUUAAAUAUCCAUCAUGUCAUGGUUCAAAUAAUGAACAUGAAAAUAGGAGUUGGUCUAGAGAUAGUAAAGGCUUUAAUGUAUUGAAACAGCUGCUUCUCUCUGAAAAUUGUGUGAGAGAUUUGUCGCAGCAUAGGAAUAACACUAUCACUGAUGUUAAGAAGAAAGGCAACAAAAGUAAUGUAAUGAAUAGCAAAUCUGAAUUUAGCAUUUCUUCUUUAAAUGGAGUCAUGAAUCAUUCUAGUCAGCGGGGUAAUUGUAUGGAUAAUGGGACAUUUGCAUGCCCAGUAGCAGUAAGGAGCCCUGCCAGUUCUCCCUACCAGUGUUCUCCAGAGCACUUGGGCAGUGCAGUGUCUAGACCAGAAUCUGGGCAGUUAAGUGUGUGUCCCAUUCCCAGUGAAAAGGGUCCCAUUAAGUGGGUUAUUACAGGUAUGGAUAAGAAUGAAUAUGAAAAAGACUCACCAAGACUGACUAAAACCAACCCAAUUCUGUAUUACAUGCUACAGAAAGGAGGUAAUUCUGUUAGCAACCAAGAAGCACAUGACAAGGACAUUUGGAAUGAGUCAUUUGCAAAAAAUGCUACACAGGUUACAGUCAAGGAAGAAUUGCUUCCUGCUGCAGAGACUAAAGUUUCUUUCUUUAAUUUAAGAAGCCCUUACAAUAGCCAUAUGGGAAAUGCAGCUUCCCACCCACAUAACACAAAUGGAGAAGUUUAUGGACUCCUGGAAAAAGUACUAACUAUAAAAAAAGAGUCUGACUGAAAUCUAUCUGCCAUCAAGAUUUGAGUCUGUAUAACUAAUAUGAACUUGAAUACUUUAUAAAUAAGAGCAUGAUUUGAAAAUAGCAUGUUCUAAUUGAAUUUAUUUUUCUUCAUUUGGAAAAUUAUUGGUUACUGGUGAUGUUUAAAAUAGGCAUAGCUCCCUUUUGCUUUACAUUAGCUAUCACAGGGAAACUACUGAACAAGCAGUUGGUUGUAUAACACUUCUGUAUACAUCUGAGAGCACCUGUGAGUAGUUUGUGAAUGAAAUUUUCUUUUCAACUACCAGUGAUUUAAAUACACAUAAAUUAAAAUGUAAAUCUGAAUCCAUGGUAACCGUAAUUCAUUUUUUUCCAGUUUGUGUACUCUGGUACUGAAUCUCACUUUGGGGAAGCAUAAACAGCUAGCAUUUCAUACAUCUAUCUAUAUAUAUACAUAUAUACACACACACACAAACUAUAUAUGUGUGUUUUUUAAAGGCUUACUUUUAAAAAAGUAAUUGUUCAAUGGAGAAACAUAGUGCCUGCUUAUUUCUUAUUAUUCAAUCCAAAAAAAGAAACUUGAGAGAUCUGUUGAAAGUUUUCAGUUCCUCCCCCCCCCCAAAAAAAAUCUUUUUAUAGCUUUUUGUUGACUCUUCCUAAUCCAUUUUCCCCCAAUUUAUUCUCCCCUAUAGCAUCACCAUGCUUCCCUUUGUUAUAAAUUUUCUUUUAAAUUCUUAGUACUGUUUA